UGUGUGUCUUCGUGUCUGAGCUCUGUGUGAGUGUCUUCGUGUCUGAGCUAAGAGUGUGUGUGUGUGUGUGUGUCCGUAUGUCAGCGCUACGUUUGUGUGCAUGUGUGUAUGUGUGUGCGCUAUGUGUUUGUGUCCUUGCUGUGUGUGUGCGUGAACUUUGUAAUGACAUUGUGUGUGAUGGCACUGGUGCCCCCCAGGGAUGUGUUCUUUCUCCACUGCUCUUCUCCCUGUACACCAACGACUGCACUGCAAAAGACCCCUCCAUCAAACUCAUUAAGUUUGCAGACGACACUACUGUUAUCGGCCUCAUCCAGAACGGUGACGAGUCUGCAUACAGACAGGAGGUGUAGCGGCUGGCGUUAUGGUGCAGAUACAACAACCUGGAGCUGAACACGCUCAAAACAGUGGAGAUGAUAGUGGACUUUUGGAGAAAGCCCCCAUGCACUCCCCCCAAUCACCAUCAUGAACAGCACUGUGGCUGCAGUAGAGUCAUUCAGGUUCCUGGGCACCACCAUCUCUCAGGAUCUGAAGUGGGACAUUCACAUAGACUCUAUUGUGAAGAAAGCUCAGCAGAGACUGUACUUCCUUCGUCAGCUGAGGAAGCUCAACCUGCCACAGGAGCUGCUCGUACAGUUCUACUCAGCUGUCAUCUAAUCCAUAUUCUGCACUUCAAUCACCGUCUGGUUCGGCUCAGCUUCUAAAACCGACCUCCGUAGACUACAGCGAAUAGUCUGGACUGCUGAACGAAUCACUGGCACAACCCUUCCUACACUUCAAGAACUGUACUCUUCCAGAAAGAUACAAGUCAACUGUGUACAAGGAUCAAGCUGAUAGAUUCAAGGGUGGAAAAAAAAUGGGAUCAUCAAAAUCACAACCACAGAGACCACAGCCAACACAGCAACCGCAUCAGCCAACAACACCAAGACCAAAUCCAGAACUGGAUAAACCAUGGAGGAAAUUUGACUGGGGAAAAAAAGAAGCCCUGAAAGAAAAGCUGGAAAACUUCUCUCCCAGUGUUCCAGAAGUAAAAGACAUCAAGGUCCUGGUGGCUGGACAAGUUGGAGCAGGGAAGUCCAGCUUUAUCAAUUCUAUCAACAAUGCCUUUCUAGGACGGAUCUCCUCUAGAGCACUAGUUAACGCAAGUGAUGGAGACAGUCAUAGUUUUACACGAAAUCUCAAAGGAUUCACCAUCAGAGGUAAGAAAAAAGCUUUGCCUUUCGUCUUCAAGGACAUCAUGGGUUUAGAAGCUGAAGCAUUGCUUGGAUCACAAACAGAUGACAUCAUCAAUGCCGUGUUUGGCCACGUGAAAGACGGCUAUAAAUUCAGCCAGGACCAGUCAAUCAGUUUUAAAGAUCAACAUUACACCAGUGACCCCAGCCUCUCCGAUCAGUCUUUCUGCCUGGUUUACGUCAUAGAUGGAAAUACAGUCCAGUUCUCAGAUGAGCAACUUAUUGAAAAGCUGAAGAUCAUCCGCAAGAGAAUCAGCGAUAAGGGCAUUGCUCAAGUGGUUAUCAUGACCAAGAUAGAUGAAGCAUGUCCAUUGGUCAAAAGUGACCUAAAAAAGGUCUACACGAGCAAGAAGAUCAAAGAGAAGAUGGAGCUGUGCAGUGCUAAAGUGGGUGUGCCGAUAUCAAACAUCUUCCCAGUGAAGAACUACCAUGAUGAGAUCGACACAGAAGAUGAUGUUGAUAUUCUGAUACUGAAGGCUCUUGAACAGAUUGUUCAGAUUGCUGAUGAUAGAUUGCUGGAUCGCGAAACCUACGAAGACAGUAAUUAAUGCAUGGGACGUCAUACAUUUCCUUUACAUGAACAGCAUGAUGGACUAACACGACUCAGUAGAGGAUUGUGUUUUGGCAUACAAAGGGGUUCAAAGCUAAUGAAAUGCUUUAUUACAAAGUCUAAUUAAAAUUAGCAAAUAAUACAAAGAUUAAGAAUAAAGUAAAGUUAAACCCAAAUUUUAUAUCUAACAACUGUAAACUAAAGAGUGGAGGAACCGUGACGUCACCUUGUAGGCUAAUCGGCUGCUAGCAUAAAACUGGUUCCCUCGAUAAAAUCCCUAUAGGAUUCUCCCAUAGGCUUUUCAACGGAAUAAUAAGCUCUGUGUUCAAACACUGUUCAUUACACUUACAUGUUUUGUCCGGUCGGAUAAUCCUCACACCAAAAUACAACUUUGAGCACUUUUAGAUCUUAACUGCAAACGCAAGAACUGAAAAGCUAACAUUAGGCUAUAAACGGACUACAGUGCCUUCUGGGUGCUCACCUGUGACGUCAACACCACCCUGCUACAGACAACUUCUCAAGCUUAUUUUUAGAAAUAUGCUCCAUGACAAAGAUUUACUCUCUCGGUUUAUUAUAUUAUAAUCCAUGCUAUAUAUUAUAAGCAAUUAAAUACGCAAAAACACAUCUGUAUAGACCUACGUGCCUUUUGGAUUGUUUUACGUGGGAAAUACAUCUGUUUUGCUUUACGGUUGAUGUAAAAGUUUUAAAACAGUAUUUAUAAAUGUGCCUACAUAGUAUUAUGAUAAGACGUAUUUAAAUAAGUUUAUCGCCCGUGUGCAUACAGCUUGCUUACCUUAGUAAUAGACAACAGAAAUGAGGUGUGAGGGCCAAGUCUAUACGCCUGCAAGUUCCAUUAUGGACACAGAAGAACAUUCAAUAUUCUUUUUAUGUCACGAAGUACAGCGAAAAGCAGCCCAUACAGUCACAUCUGCUAUACAUUUUAUGGAAGAGAGUAAAUAUGGCAGUUAUGAUAGAGUUAAAUGUGUUCAGAUGAAGAAAAAAAUGACAAAACAUCACUUGAUUCAGUUAAAAUGACAGUAAAUAUGUAUGUAUUUUUACACAUUUAUUCACAUGUUUGCAUUACUGAGAGCAGGAAAGAGACAGACUGCAGUUGUAAGCAGUACAGUUAUCUUCAUAAUAUGGUUUAAUUAAAAUAAGCGAUCAACAAAUUAGUCUGUCUUGACAGUCUUUACAAGUGAAGGCAUUAUCUACACACAAUAUGAAUUCCCAAUUAGAAAAAUACUACAAAUUAUAAAAUAAUAUUCAUGAAAAUACUUAAAUAACAGACAAAUCCAAAUGCCCAACGCAAGUUGGCUGCGCUUCAGACCAGUUCAGCUCGAGGACAUAUAAUGUCUCCGACACCGCCUGUAGUACCAUUUAGCAACUUGAUAGCAACCGUCUUUUUAACCGUGUGAUGUAACUGAUGUGUUUUAUGUCGUAGAACUAAAUGUGAAAGCAUCUUGAGUUUGUGUUAGCCACGAACCUUAUUUAAGCGAUUAAACUGAAAUCCCAUUGAAAAAACCCAUUGACUUUGGGACGAGGGAACCGGAACUGCUAAAAUGCUAACUCGCUUCUGGGUUUUUGCAUACAAAUUGACAUCAUAAUUCCUCCACUCUAUUACAGAAGAAUUCAGGGUGGGGGCCUUUUAAAUUUGUAAUAGUUUUUUUUUUUUUCAAUACUGUAUGUUUUCAGCAUGUUCCUAAAACAGUUAAUAAAGAAAUCUGAAGCUCUCAUAGACGGUGAGAAGUGUAAACAACUGUCUUGAAAAUGAUGUUGAAAUAAAUGUAAUGCAAUUUCCACAGUCUAAUAAAUUUGGCAUUGUUUACCAGAAA